UACAAGCCAUAGAGAAUCACAAAUGCCGUGUAAUGUCUGCAGAAAAAGGAUUUUUUAAGUAGAAUCUAUGGUUUCAGUACAUCAUCUCAUUAAAUAUAUUUGACUGUUGUCAUAGCUGAGAGACUGACUUACAAUAACUUUUUCUAUAAAUAAAUCAGUAGUCUUCAUUCUGUGACUCCACAGACUAAUUUGGGUCACAUUGUCAAUUGUUUUGGGUGGUAUCAUGGGUUUCUUCUGUUGGCGAGAGUGGUUCGAAUUUUGGAAGAAACCUGCAGUAAGCAGGGAAGAUGGUGAAGAAUGGGUAAAUGAUGGAUCAGUUGAUCUUAGAGGAAGGUCUGUUAUGAAGUCAAAGUCUGGAGGAUGGAAGGCUUCUCUUUUCAUAAUCGGAGUUGAGUUCAGUGAAAGGUUGACAUACUAUGGAGUGGCCUCCAAUUUGAUAAUCUACUUAACCACUGUGUUGCAUGAAGGAGUUGCCACAUCUGCAAAGAAUGUGAAUAACUGGUCAGGAGUCACAACUGUCAUGCCCCUUGUGGGAGGAUUUCUAGCAGAUGCAUACUUUGGUCGUUAUUGGAUGGUACUAAUCUCCUCUGUGAUAUAUCUCUUGGGAUUAGUAUUGCUGACCCUCUCAGCUUCACUCACUGCCUUGAAGCCUCCACAGUGUGAUAAAGCCAACUUGACAUGCAAUCCCCAUUCAACAUCCACACAAGUUGGGAUCUUCUUCUUUGCCUUGUAUUUGAUAUCUAUAGGCACAGGUGGUCACAAACCUUCUCUCCAAGCCUUUGGGGCAGACCAAUUCAAUGAACAAGACAGUACAGAAAAGCUGAAAAAAAUAUCUUUUUUCAAUUGGUGGUACUUUGGUCUGUGUGGAGGUGUUCUUGUUGCAGUCACAGUUGUUGUAUAUGUUCAGGACAAUAUAGGCUGGGGUAUCGGCUUUUCCAUCCCUACAGCAGCCAUGGCUGUGACACUCAUCUUGUUUUUGUUUGGAACUCCGUAUUACAGAAACAGGAUCCCCAGAGGCAGUCCUCUAACUCGGAUACUACAAGUCUUUGUUGCUGCCAUCAGGAACAGGAACCAGAAGAAUCCCGAAGUGGGUCUUCUCUAUGAGAAAUUGGAUCUGGAAGACAUCAGAUCUGGGCAGAGGUUGUUAUCACAUACAGAAAACUUAAAGUUCUUGGACAAAGCAGCCAUAGUGGUACAAACUGAUGCAGAUGGAGCAGGAAACACUAGAUCAAAGGAGCCAAAUCCAUGGAAAGUGUGCACAAUAACUCAAGUAGAGGAAACCAAGCUUAUAAUAAGGAUGGUACCUAUCUGGUUAUGUUGCCUAACCUAUGGAGUGGCAAUAGCUCAAGGAACCACCUUUUUCAUAAAGCAAGGCUACACCAUGGAUAGAAGAAUGGGGUCUCAUUUUCUAAUCCCCCCAGCCUCUCUUCUUACCUUCACUGCUGGUUCCAUGGUUAUUUUUGUGGCAAUCUAUGAUAGAUUUCUAGUCCCCAUAGCAAGAAAGUUCACAGGAAAUGAAAGAGGGAUAAGCAUACUUCAAAGAAUUGGUGUGGGCAUGUUCUUCUCCAUCCUCUUCCUAAUAUGUGCAGCUCUUUCUGAGAAAAAGAGGGUAAAUGCAGCAAAGAGCCAUGGAUUACUUGACACUCCCAAGGCUACAGUACCCCUCAGUGUUUUCUGGCUAAGCCCACAGUUCAUAUUGCUUGGAAUAGCAGAUGUGUUCACACUGGUGGGAUUGCAGGAAUAUUUCUAUGAUCAAGUCCCUGACAACAUGAGAAGCUUGGGGAUUGCCUUUUAUCUGAGUGUUGUGGGUGUUGCAAGUUUUAUCAGCAGUCUUCUCAUCACUAUUACAGGUAAGGCCAGUGAAAGAGGAGGUCAUGGGGGAUGGUUUGUCAACAAUCUCAACAGAUGCCAUUUAGAUUAUUUCUACUGGCUCUUGGCUUCUCUCAGUGCUGUCAACUUAUGCCUCUAUAUCUACAUUGCAAGAAAAUACACAUACAAGAAAGUCAAACCAAUAGAGGAAAACAGUAUACAUCAGUCUGCUGUUCACACCAACAAAACUUAGUGCACAUCAUUGAUGUGUACAAUGUUAUAAAAUGUAACGUAAUUAUAGCUAUGUUAUAAAAUGUAAUGCAAUUAUAGCUA